AGUAAUUUGUAAAACAUCAUUCAGAACGGACGCAAAAAAAUCUUAAUUAACAAGAGUUAUAAUGAAUUAUAGAGCUAUUAAAGUGUGUGUUUCUAUUGAUAAUAGCGUCGAAAACUUUUACAUAAAGUUUGACAUCACAGAACAUUUCAGUCGCUUCUAUCAUUUGAGAGAGAAUGUCUUUAAGCGUAAUCCAAGCGUCAAUUCACCAAAUUUGAAAGUCUACUGGAUCGACGCUGACAAUGACGAAAUUUUGAUUUCAUGCGACGAAGACUUUGCUGUAUAUUUGGAAGAAGGAAAAGGACGUAAACUCUUUUUCAGUGUCACAAACAAUAACUCUCAGAAUAAUGAGUCACAAGAAGAAGAUUCAAUUCCAAUGGAAUCUGAGUUUAUUGAGACAACACAACGCAAAUGCAAGAAAGGUCAUAAAGAUGAUGAAAAGAGAAGCCGUCGUGUUGAAAAGCUCUCAAAGAAAUUAAGGCACUACGAAGAGGCAUGUAAGAACGAAGAGGAACGUUCUAAAUGUCGACAACCUGAAAAACGUGAAGUCAAAAACAAUGAACGAUUGGAAAGAGCUAGACGUCGUGUUGAGCAAAUUAGGACCAUUAUUUCGUCCAUUGAUCCAGCCAAUUUGAAUUCAUCAAAUACUAAUGAAGCAAAUAAUCCAGGACCAUCAACAACUUCGAAUGAAGCUACACCACAAUCAUCUGAUUUACCAUUUUCACCAGAAACAGUCCGUUUGCUCUCGAAUGCAAUUGCUAAUUGCUUACAACCUUGUAACUUGAUAAAUAAAGUUUUGAAUGAAGUCUAUGCUAUAAUUCCACAAGUUAUGGAACAAGCAAGUGAUGUCUUAACAAGCAACAUCGAUCAACAAGAUCAACAGCAACAAACGGAAGUUCCUAAGAAUACAACAGCUACAAAUACAUCGAAUGCUAAUACUCCACUACUUGAUCGUAACUCAAAUCAGGAAAUUGAGGAAUUAUUCAAGGAAGCAGCAAAGGAAUUGGAAAAAAUGAACGAAAUUGUUAACAGCAACAAAAUGGAAACAUCUACAUCAUCAAGCUUCACUGGAAUUACUCAAAUCGAACGAGUUUUUAAAAAUAUUAAUGAUUCUGCUAUAUCUGAUGCAACAAUCAUCGAUAUGAACAGCUCACGAAAUUCACAAGAUCAACUUGACUCUUCAUUUCCUGAAGAAUCUAUGAACGAAGAACAUUUCAAAGUUAUAACUCCACCAAAAUCGAUGAGAUCACGUGAAUCGUCAAUUGAGAUUCAUGACGUUAGUUCCGUUAUGAGUGAUGAUUCUCGUGACUGGACACUUUUGUCACAAGAUGAAUUGUCUAUUGAACCAGUUCCAGCACAACGAAACGUUGAUCCAAAAACAGGUGCAAUUCCAAAAAAUAUAAAUCAAGUUUCAGUCGAUGCUGAAAUUCAAACCAAUGAAGACAAAGCUGAUUCAAUUAAAUCUGUGUCCAUUGAAACUCAAACUCCAUCAUCCCUUUUGAGUGGUAUGAAUCAACAACAGUUGCAAGCUUCUGUUCAAAAAUCUAUCGACAUUGUUCAAAAAAGCAUCGAAAGUAUCCACAAAUCUAUCGAAACUAGCGCUCAAAAGCCUGAAAAUAGUCCACAAGUUGAAGUUCCAGUUGAACAGCCAAAAUCAGUCACAGAAAAAGAAAUUUCAGUCGAAAAACCAAAUGUUGUUCCUGAUGUUAAUAUGCGUCGUGAUAUUUAUCCAAAUUUGCCGCCAUCAGCUCCAGUCAUUCCAGAGACAUCACAAGCAAAUUUGAAUGCUGCACGCUUGUCUCAAAUUAUUAAUAAUAACAAGCCACAGCAGAAAUUUGAACCUGCUGUUGUCGUUUAUGACCCAAACCCAAAAAUUAAUUCAGCUGUUCAUACGAUGAUGAAUAUGGGAUUCUCUAAUGAAGAUAACUGGCUUACUCAGCUCUUGAUAAAUGUGGAUGGUGACAUCGCAAAAGCUCUUAAUUUUUUGACACCCCAACCAAAAAAUAGAAAGCAGUGAAUCAUAGACGAUUGAAGCGUGAUAUAUAACUGAGUGUAUACUGAUAAUAUACUUAUUUUAUUAAUCGGUGAUGGAAAACUUUUCAAUUUGAUGGAAAUGAGGAAAAUAAUUUUAAUCAAUUAAUUUAACCAAUGUAUGACACUUUAUAUCCAAUAUUGCAAUAAAAAGGUUUAAUUCAAGCAGAAAAUCAUCAGAA